UCUCAAGAUCCCGUUGGCCCUGCAGUAGCUCACAGGCACCAUGAUACGCACCACAGAUGGCUCUGGUGACGAACCCCCGCCGCUCGAGGACAUGAGCGUCUUCAUGGCCCAGCAUCAGCGACUCUGGCCAGCAUCGGUGCUGACACCCGGCACCGACCGGGCUCCCAAGGCCGGCCUCAAGGCACAAGAAGCAGCUGCGACCAAGCCGACGGAAACGGCCCCGGACACACCAGCCUCGACCGACUUUGGAGGACUCAAGAAGGGUUUCUUCAGUCGAGCGGCUGCUUCUGUUCCCAAGCCGUUCAACCAGCCCAAGCAGCCCAAGCAGCCCAACCAGCCCAACGAGUCCAAGCAAUCCGACCAGACCAGUGCCGCAGAACCAAUGCCCUUCAUCCGUCCAAAGACGACCGACGAGUCGAGCCUUCGCUUCAGCGAGGUGCAGCAGGCGAUGGGACAAGCUCUCGCCAACAAGCAGGAGUGGAUCACACCCGACUUUAUCGAGACCAUCGAGGCAAAGCCUGGUCUGCGUCGGGCCAUGGACGAUCCGCUCUUUGCAGUGGUCCUCGAGGAGAUGCAGCGCGAUCCACAGACUUGCAUCCGCAAAUACGCUUCAACCAGACCAGACUUGCUGAUGGCUUUCCGGGAGAUUGCCGGCCAGAUGGGAUCCCAUCUGGAAGUAGUGGAGCCACAGAGCACUCGCAGCAGGACCACAAAGCCGGCCGUCGAGCUCCAGCAGCAACUUCCGCCUCACGAACAGGAGCUGGUCGAGCGGGUGCAGCGAGAUCCCGAGGCUCAGGCGGCAUUGCGAGAUCCCAGAAUCCAGAGAAUCAUUGCUGCAGGUCGGAGCAAUCCUCUGCUCCUGGCAGAGGUGACCAGAAGCGCCGAUUCCGAUCUGGCAGCAAAGUUGCAGAAGCUGAUGCAGCUCGGCAUGCUGCAGAUUCAGAACUAGGCUCAGUGGCGAUUGAGCCGGCGCAUCCAGCUCUUGGACUCACACAAGACUCGAUUCGAGACUGGAGGAUGCUGCUGGGGCCUGCAGGCGCAUGGUGGACUCGGCACCGAUCCGAAUCCUCUGAAACUGGCUCUGGUGGUGAUGACAUUGAUGCAAUUGUCCUCCACGACAUAUCAUGACUACAUUGACAUCGAGGCCCUUGCA